GCCUGACUCGAGUGAGUGAGUGAGUGAGUGACGUUUCUCGCAAGGUGUUUGCGUCUGCGAUCGCGCCGCGCAGUCUUCGCGCAUGAAUAUUCGCGCGUGCAAACGUGUACUACUUUCGCAACGUGUCACACGUUCAUCUGCCUCACCCGCGCGGAAAGUGGUCGUUUGUGCGACCGCAAGUGAAUGCGGCUGCAUUCCGCCUGCACUGCUCGUCUCGCCGCAAACGGAUUUAGAGGAGCAAUAUUUUCGGAAGAUGGAUACUCGGUGCAAAGCAUAGGUUGAUAGAGCCUACUGUGUAGUAGCUGCCAUGCCAACGUACCAUAAUGCGGGUGGCGGAUACCCGAAUGUGUCAGCGCCAGCGAGGCAAGCGAAGCUCGACGGCAAUCAAAAUCAUCACACUAUCCCUUCAAACGUAACAUCUCAUCCUCUCAUACAAAACAACACACAGCAGCAACAGCAGCAGCAACAGCAGCAGCAGCAGCAGCAGCAGCAGCAACAACAACAACAACAACAACAACAACAACAACAACAACAACAACAACAACACAGUGUUCCUUCCAACCUGACUACAGGUAGCAUUCCGUCCCAUCCAGUGUCGCCGACGAUGACGACGCAUUCGAGUGUCACCACGUCGAAUAUCACGACACACAUGAACACCACGUCUUCGCCGGUAAUUCUCACCUCAAAUGUCAUUAAUCCGGGCGCCAACACUACCGCGUUGCCAGCUAAUACACGACAUGAAGUGAAACUGAACGCUAUGCCAUGGUUUCAUGGGAAGAUAUCGAGGGAAACGGCAGAAAGAUUGUUGCGACCACGAGAAGAUGGCUUGUUUCUAGUUCGAGAGUCGACAAAUUUCCCUGGGGAUUACACACUUUGUGUGUGCUACCAGGGACGUGUGCAGCACUACAGGGUGAAAUAUAAAAACAACCAAUUAACGAUCGAUGAUGAGGAAUUCUUCGAAAAUCUGGCGCUCUUGGUCGAGCAUUACGAACAAGACGCGGAUGGUUUGUGUACGCAGCUAAUGAAAUCUUUGCCGAAACAGGGCAAGCAAGAUUUUUGUGUGGAUCCAAAGGCAUUUGUAGAAGCCGGUUGGGUGAUUCAGACUCAUGAGUUAGAGUUAAGGGAGUGUAUUGGAAAGGGGGAAUUUGGGGAUGUACUGCUAGGCGUUUAUCGAGGGGAAAGGGUCGCGGUAAAAAUGCUGAAGGAUAACAGUGAAGCGGCACAGAGAUUUUUAGCCGAGGCGAGCCUAAUGACCUCGUUGAUUCAUGAUAAUCUGGUUAAAUUACUCGGUCUUGUUUUUAAUAAUCAACACAUGUACCUGGUUACGGAAUAUAUGAGCAAAGGAUCCCUGGUGGAUUAUUUGCGGUCGAGAGGAAGAUUACAUGUUUCAAAAAAGGAUCAGAUUAAUUUUGCAUACGAUACGUGUGCCGGUAUGGCGUAUCUGGAAUCCAGACAUGUUGUGCAUCGAGAUUUAGCGGCGAGAAAUGUUCUCGUAGCAGAGGAUAAUUCCGCCAAGGUGUCCGAUUUCGGCCUGGCGCGGGAUGAAAACUUUUCUCUUGACGGUGGAAAACUACCGAUCAAAUGGACUGCACCAGAGGCUCUAAAACAAAACAAGUUUUCAAACAAGUCUGAUAUGUGGAGUUUCGGAAUUCUUCUCUGGGAAAUCUAUUCUUUUGGUCGUGUGCCGUAUCCGCGAAUUCCUCUAGCCGACGUUGUAAAGUGCGUAGAAAAAGGAUAUAAGAUGGAACCACCAGAUGGAUGUCCUGCGGAAGUUUACGAUAUUAUGAGACAGGCAUGGGAUUUACAGCCAGAAAAGAGACCGAGUUUUCACGAUAUAAAAGUAACACUCGGCCAAUUGAGAGCUGAGUACACCAAAGGCGUGAAUUAAGAAUUUAAUACAACUUAAAUAAACUUAGCGAGAACUGAAAAAGCUGGGACUAGAAUGUCCGAAUGAUUUCUCAAUUUCAAGACGAAAAUAGUGAUUUUGAAUGUUUCUGUUAGAAGAGAGAGUGACAGGACUUCGAUUGUACAUUGUAUACAAAAAAUAGUAUUUGCUUUGCUUAUAUUUAUUGUUACUUUAGUUCUUGAAAUGUGGAGAGAAUUUUAAUUUUUAUAUAAUAAUAUUUUGCACACACAAGCAUUACCUAUGGUCAAUCGUGCCUUUGUCCAAGUUGAUGUUCUCGAGCAGGAAAUUCAACUUGUACAUAAUGAAAUCCGAAUAUAUUCGGGAUAAAAU